AUGGUCCGAAUCAAGCACCGCUAUCUGCUCGUGAACAUUCUCUACCCCGACUCGAACAACGUCGCCAAUGGAUCCUGGAAGCGGCCCGCGGACGACGUACCGUACACCGUGCAGUUCCGACGGCCAACACCCGAUCGCAUGGACUCCAAAUUGCUGGCACGACUCGUCAGGGAUGGCGUGUCUGAACUCUUUGGCGAUUACGGCUCGGGCAUGAUUGCUGGGAGCCUUCAGAUCAAGUACUUCUCCCCGGCAACAAGUACCGCCAUCAUCCGCGUGUCUCGCGAUCACUACCGCAUGGUCUGGGCAGCUUUGACCUUUGCAACGCAUCUUCCUAAGCCGGUAGACUUGUCUUGUGUAAUCCAGGUUGUCCGUGUCUCUGGAACAGUCAAGAAGGCCGAGGAGGAAGCAAUCCGAAGGGCGAGGCUCAGCAUUCGUCGCGCUGCUGCGAUUGCUCCCACGACGGAUCUCACGCUUGGGGGUGUGGGAGCAAUUGACAAUGCUGCGAGCGAUGACAAGUUUUCGAAUGGAAUUGAGGAUCUUGAUGACGACGAUGGCGAUGAUGAUGACGAUGAUGGGUGA